AUGACUCUGGAAAAUGCCUCCUUGGUAAAGGAAUUCAUCCUGGUGGGGUUAACGGACCAACCAGAACUGCAAAUACCCCUCUUCUUACUCUUUCUGGUGAUGUAUAUGAUAACUGUAUUGGGGAAUUUGACUUUGAUUAUUCUAAUUGUGCUGAACUCUCACCUGCACACCCCCAUGUACUUUUUCCUCUUUAACUUGUCCUGCAUAGACCUCUGUUAUUCAUCUGUGGUUACACCUAAGAUGCUGAUGAACUUCAUACUAAGGAAGAACUUUAUCUCCUAUGUGGGAUGUAUGACCCAGUUCUACUUCUUCUGUUUAUUUAUCAUUUCUGAAUCUUAUGUGCUGACAUCAAUGGCAUAUGAUCGCUACGUGGCUAUCUGCAAUCCACUCUUGUAUAACAUUGCCAUGUCUCCUAAGGUGUGUUCCUAUCUUAUACUUUGUUCAUAUUUCAUGGGAAUUUCUGAUGCCAUGAUCCACACUGGAUGCUUGCUGAGAGUGGUUUUCUGUGGUAAGAACACCAUCAACCACUAUUUCUGUGAUCUCCUUCCAUUGCUGCAGCUCUCCUGCACUAGUACCUAUGCCAAUGAGAUGGAGAUGUUCAUUGUAGGAGGGAAAAACAUCAUUGUUCCCAGUGUCAUCAUCUUUACAUCUUACGGUUUCAUCCUCUCCAGCAUCCUCCAAAUAAGCUCCACUGAGGGCAAGGCUAAAGCCUUCAGCACCUGCAGUUCCCACUUGAUCGCUGUUUCUCUGUUCUUUGGAUCAGGUACAUUUUCGUAUCUCAAACCUUCUUCAGUUGGAUCUGUGGAUGAAGGAAAGAUAUCUUCUGUCUUUUACAGCAUUGUGGUGCCCAUGAUAAACCCGUUAAUCUAUAGCCUGAGGAACAAAGAUGUUAGAAAUGCCUUGAUAAAAACCUUAAAAAAGAGACAGUUUUAA